AUGUCCGAUCUAGAUGCCACGACUCCUCGGGUCUUUCUUGUUCGUCAUGGGGAAACCGAAUGGACUAAGAAUGGCCGCUAUACCGGGGCAACUGAGCUGGACCUCACCCCAAACGGUGUCAAACAAGUCACGGAUACGGCAAUCCAGUUAGUCGGUCCCCAGAAAUUGAUAGAUCCAGCGCGCAUCUUGCAUGCAUGGAUCAGUCCGCGCAAGCGAACACAACAAACAUUUCAACAUUUUUUCGGUGCUAGAAUUCCGAGCUCUGAUCUCACUAUCGAUGCCGACAAAAUCACGCUCUCGGAAGAUCUCACGGAGUGGGACUAUGGUGAUUACGAAGGCAUGCGAGUGGAAGAAAUCACGGCUUCUAGAAAGCAGAGGGGACUGGACCAAAAGAAUGCAUGGAACAUUUGGCAACAUGGGUGUGAGGGUGGAGAGUCUGCAGAGCAGGUAACGGAGAGGUUAGAUAGAUUGAUCGGGCAAAUUUCCAACAUUCAACGACCAUACAUGAAUGGCGAAAAGCCCGCGGAUGUCGUGUUGGUUGCACAUGGUCUUAUUUUACGUGCAUUUGUGAAAAGGUGGCUGAAAUACCCCUUGGACGCGCCGCUGACAAUGAUGCUGUCGCCAGGUGCGGUAGGAAUUCUGAGCUAUCGAAAUCACAAUGUGGAUGACCGCGGUCUCUUCAUUGGUACCGCACUCCCGCCCAUGGAGUAG